ACAAGUAUUCUCCUCCUCCCAGCUCCCGCAACUCUAUCCAUAUUUUCUCCAUUGGAAAUGUUAUAAUGCCAAUUCCGACUUCAUCAGCACUCCAAGCAACUCUCUCUCCUCCACCUCUGAGACUGCCCUCACCUAACUUCAUCCACCUCUCCAUUACCACCUCCAAACCCUCCCGUCUCUUCACCAUCUCCUCCUCCUCUCUCCCUCCCCGAACUGUUCAAAACCCAGAAAUCACCACCACCACAAACACAUUAAAUAAUGAAGAUGUAACCCUCCGAAAACACAACUCCAAAUCCACCGCCCUCCUCCUCCGCCACCUCUCACACCCACAACACCCAAACCCAAAGCUCCAACAAGUAGAACAAGAAGAGCAAGAACACCCAAUACCAGAAGAGGACAAAUUGAAGCAACCAAUACCAGAAGAGGACAAAGUGAAGCUUCUUGAAAUGUCACUCAUAACAAAAAGGACCCCUCAAUUUCCGGGUUCCAUCUACGUGCAAUCACCAAGCGACCCAGAUGUGAGCAGUUCUUUGCCGCCUCUACAGAGACUGUUUGAUAGCAAAUGCAAGGAUGGUGAUGAUGAUGAGAUGAUAAUGAAAGCGCUUAAGAUUCGGCGGAACGUGACUCUGGAGAUUUUCAAGGAAGCAAUGAGAAAGGGGAAGUUUGGGAUCACUUACUAUACCAAUUUGGCUUCAAAGUUAUCUGAUUUUAUUGACUAUGUUAUGAUUCAAGCUGCUUCAAUGAAACGAUUGCCUGAAUUUUCACAAUCAUCCUUCAAUGUUCGCGCCAAAACCUUCAUAGAUAACUCUAAUGUUGUCCCACUCAUCAGGUGGUUGAAACACAAUGGAUUAUCUUAUCCCCAGAUUGGGAAGCUGAUAUGCAUGUCAAGAGGAAAUCUUGAUUCAAUAAGGCAUACUGCUGAAUGGUUGAAGUCAAUUCAUGUGACUGGGAGAUUUAUUGGGGUUGCAUUGACAAAAGCAGGAGAAAAUGCAUUGAAGCGCGGCAUUGGUGAGUUGGAUGAGAUUGUUGGGUAUCUAGAGAGCAAUGGAGUCAGGAGGAACUGGAUGGGUUAUGUUGUGAGCCGAUGUCCUGAAUUGUUGUCUUUAAGCAUGGAAGAAUUGAAAUCUCGCUCAGAGUUUUAUCUUGAGAUGGGUAUGGAUGAGAAGGAUUUUGGGACGAUGGUUUUUGACUGUCCUAAGGUGCUCGGUUACCUUUCUAUGGAAGAGAUGAACCAAAAGGUUACUUAUCUCAAGGACUUUGGUCUCAGCAAUGAAGAUUUGGGAAGAUUACUGGCUUUUAGGCCACAAUUGAUGGCUUGUAGCAUUGAAGACAGCUGGAAGCCUCUUGUUAAGUAUCUAUACUACCUUGGUAUAUCCCGAGAUGGUAUGAGGAGAAUUAUAACUAUAAAACCAAUGGUUUUCUGUUUUGAUUUGGAGAGCACCAUUGUGCCGAAGGUACAAUUUUUACGGGCCAUAGGUGUUCAAGAAGAUGCCAUCGGCAAUAUGCUUGUCAAGUUUCCUCCAUUACUAACGUACAGCCUCCACAAAAAAAUACGCCCAGUGGUCGUAUUCUUGUUGACAAAAGCUGGAGUCUUCCGAAAGGAUAUUGGGAAGGUGAUAGCUUCAGGACCAGAGCUCUUGGGAUGCAGCAUAGCAAAUAAACUUGAUCCCAAUGUGAAAUAUUUUUUGUCUCUUGGCAUACCUCUUCGACUUUUGGGUGAGAUGAUUGCCAAUUUCCCCAUGCUACUCCGGUACAAUAUAGAUCUCCUUCGUCCCAAGUAUCAAUAUCUGCGGAGAACAAUGGUCCGCCCUUUAUUGGAUCUCAUUGAGUUUCCAAGGUUUUUCAGUUAUUCUCUUGAUGGCCGAAUAAUCCCAAGGCACAAGGUCCUGGUGGAGAACAGGAUAAAUUUCAAGCUGCGGUACAUGUUGGCAAGCACAGAUGAAGAAUUUGAUCAGAGGGUCAAGGCUGCAGUGGAAAAGCGUCAAAGAUUUGAAUCUGGUAUCAUGGAUGAAUCCCUGUCAGAUUCUCAAAUUGAUAGCUCCAUAAAGGGAACACAAUUGAGUUCAUCUGAAGAGAAGGAUACUCAAGAUCUUGUGUGUUCAUAAUAAUGUAUGAGGUAAUGGUACUUCAACAAUGUGUGGUGCAUAUUGCAUAUCAUUGUACAUAUCGAUGUCAAUUCUAAUCUUUCUUUCUCAUUAUG